GCGAAUUAGCCAAGCGGAUUGAUGGCUGGGACCUGGUACUACAUAACUCUAGCACUCUACAACAAGAGGCCCGCAACGACCACGGCACCGGUGACAAACCUCAAGUCGAUACUGUUCGCCUUUGGACUGAUUAUGUCUGUCAGUUUUGAUGAUUCUCGACGCCCUGGUUCCCUUACUGCUCUCCUCAGCCUUGAAACUCACACGAUACCCAUCCCCCCCGUUUACUCCAAGCAGCAUGGCGCUUACGUCUACGUAACUCAGCUGAAGUAAUACCCAGAGUACCAUGUCUGACGUCGGGUUAAACUGCUUUAUAGCAAGGGAAGCUGCACAAUUCAAAGAAAACAACCACGUCCUCCAGCAAGCUACCUACAUUUCCACGUUAUCGACAAAUGUUUAACAUUAGGGAUAAACUGCAGUUGAGCGAGGAAUGCCGGGACUGGGAUGAUGCAGAUAUCCGGCCAUAUAUCCCAGUCAUCGACGCAAUCAAUUUCAAAGCGCUCAUCGCCGCCGCUCGCAAAUGUCGUAUCACGGUUGAACCGCAUGCCCAAAGCCUCUCUUGCUCGAUAGAGUCCAACAUAUUGGGCUCCUACCACGUCAUCUCCGUGCUCGUCUUCUCCGACGGUCUCAAAUGGGUCGCAAAGGUCCCGCGGUAUGGCAUCGCGCCCACCUUCGGAGAGCUCACUCAGGAGAGGAUGCUCUCCGAGAUCCUGACGCUGCGCCUCAUCCGCUCAAGAACUGCAGUUCCCGUCCCCGAAAUCUAUGACUGGGAUACUACUCGAUGCAAGAUCGGUGUGCCGUACAUACUCAUGACAUUCCUGCCUGGAACAUCUCUCGACAGGCUGUGGUUCGAUCGAGAUUGGGCGACGGAAGAGAUGCGGAUGCACGUCCUCGGCAAUCUCGCUAGGACGAUGUCGGAUCUCCACUCCCUCCGCUUCAAUGAAAUAGGCUCGUUAAAGUUCGAUGAGAAGGGAGACUUCUCCGGGGUUGGCCCAGUAAUCUCUCAGACCGAAGGCGACAUCUUCCAUCCGGAAUUCGAUAUGAUCGACGGGAACCAGACGAUCAGAUGGCCGCCAGCUUCAGCAUACGGCCCAUUCAGAACGGCAAAGUCGUUUCUACUGGCCGGAGUCGAGGCACUGGAUGCGGAGAAGGGACUGAGUCCGGUUGCGAGGAAACAGCGGACAGCCGAUAUUGCGGUCCUCCAUUUCGCUAUCGAGUCGAUUCCGGAACGCCUGUCGCUGGACGACGGUGACUCGUUCAUUGUGGCCCAUCCAAACCUCGACGCUCCAAACAUUCUCGUUGACGACGACGGCAACAUCACCGGCGUGAUCGACUGGGACGGAGUCCAAACGAUGCCCAGAGGAUAUGGAUUCUCCUGCUACCCUUCGUGGAUAACUCGGGAUUGGGAUCCGAUCAUGUACGGAUGCAGCGAACCGGGCUAUGAGGACACGCCCGAGACGCUAUCUCGAUACCGACAAGCCUACGCCUCCGCCUUCCAGGAUGUAAACCUCCCCUCCUGCGAUUACAUUCCCGAUGAGACACGCCUCUCGCACAUCUACGAAGCUAUCUACAUCGCCGCAUCAAGCUACUGGAACCUCAGCCCAAUCGACAAGCUUUUGGAACACGCCUUUCGCGGGACCUCAGAUGAACCUUUUGUUGUCGAAGACUUUAGGCGGAAUCUAGCGAAUGAGCUGGAAUGCGGGAAGGGAGACGAAUUACUGGCGCAGAUCAAUAUGGCGUUUAGGAAAAUGUGGUAUCCCGAGUGGGAGUAUGGCCUGGCGCUAUAGAAUAAGGUAUUCAAACGAGUUGCGAGAUCAUCCGACCGGAUAGGGGCGAACUAUACUCGGGUCCAUUUAUGCGUGUGUGUAUGUGUUUAAUGUAAUUGCUUUCUGUACUUUUGCGGGUGGAUUGGGUCGGUGGCUGUUGUACGUAAUGAGUACCUAUUGGCUGUCCAUUCAGAGAAAGCGCUGUAUGGGAUAAAGAAUGAUUGGGGUCGUAACGUUUGAUUUCCGAGCACAUGUUUGGCCGAAGACCCGGUCGGAGCAGUGCCGUAGAGUAGGUUUAGUCGUAUUCAAUUGUGCUUAACCAG